UAUUGCACCGCGCGAGUCGGAUAACUCGGCACAUCCUACACAAGGUAUAUAAGACGGACAACCCUUCCACAGGCCAGUCAAACGCUGAACAUCGCUCCAGCACACACCAUGGCUAGAAAACUUAUUCUCGUGGCCGCUUUCUGCGCCGUUGCCGCCGUCGCAUUGGCCGCUGAAGAGGCCAAGACGGAGCAGGUUGCUGAGGAGCGCUCCUCUGGCGAUUUGCAGACCGCUGCCGCUGGAGAAGGACGCAGCUUCUUUGGAGGUGGUGGUUAUGGAGGUUAUGGUGGUCUUGGAGGAGGAUACGGCGGAUACCCCGGCGGCUACGGCGGCUAUGGAGGAUACGGAGGCUAUCCUGGCUACGGCGGCGGCUACGGCGGCGGCUACAAUAGGCCUGGAUACGGUGGAUACGGAGGUUACGGCGGAGGUUACGGCGGAGGCUAUGGCGGUUACAGACCAGGAUAUUAUGGUGGAUAUUACAACCGGCCGUACUACGGUGGAUACUACAGGCCCGGUUAUUACGGCGGCUAUUACGAUCGCCCCUUCCCCUAUUACGGAGACUAUUACAGAUUCAGGCCUUCAUAUGGCGGCUACGGUGGAUACGGCGGCUACGGAGGUGGCUACGGAGGCUAUGGUGGCUACGGAAGGAGCGGUUAAUCUUUCCAACGCAGCCCAGCAAGAAUAAUUCAUCUCUACAUCCACAUGACAUAUAUGUAUUUUCCUAACAGCCAACUUCGUAAUUUAUGUGUCACCGCAUCAAUCUCAUUUUGUAUUAUUACCGUUCAAACACAGACUGGAAUAAAUAUUCAAUAAAUUAUGACGUUUUGCUAAAA